AAAAAUGCAAUAGUAACUAAAUAUUUUAAACUAUAUAUCAAAUUUAUCAACCAUUUUAAAAUUCUUAUAUUGGUAUUUAAUUCCAUUACUUCAUAUGAACCGGUGGAGACAUUAACUCCCCUGAAGAUGUUCCUACAUGCAUAUAAAUAGAGACGAUCUUCGUAUACUUUUAAAAUCUAUCUGCUCAUUUCCUUCUAGGAUCAGAGAGAGAUAGAGAGAGUUUAAACUUACCUUACAAGCAUAAAUUACUCGGUGAAACAAAGACUGAUAGGAUAAUGGUUUCUCGACAAGAAGGAACCCUCUACACCAGAAAGAGGGAUUUCACAAUCUAUGGGGAAGAGUUUCAUAAUUCAUUCAAGAAGAGCAAACAAGAAGAUCCAUCACAGGGCAAACUUCAGAGCACUAUGUUCAAUGAACGACCAAAAUCAGAGAGUAUGAGAUCAAUUACCUUUGAUUUUGAACUUCAUCUCCACACUCCUCUACCUUCAAAUUGCCAAAAAUCUAUAGAGGCUAAGGGAUAUUCGAGAGCAUCUGAGGAUCAUAGUUCAUACCCCAAAGAUCCCGUGAUUGUUGGACGACCCAAGAUGAGCCUAGACCUAGAGCUGAACCUUUCACCUUCAACAAUCACAACGAAGAUAGAUGAAUCCACAAAUCACAAUAAGACCGUGUCAUCAUCAGAGGGUAAGAACUUGACAAGUCAGAGUAAGAAGACAACAAUUGGGACCGGGUUAAACCGAUCACUGUCUUGGCUUGCUUUUGAAGGUGGUGACGGUGAUCAGAAGGAGCAAGAGAUGGUAACAAAAGUGUGCAUGAAAUGCCACAUGCUGGUUAUGCUGUGUACAUCAAGUCCUGUUUGUCCCAACUGCAAGUUCAUGCACCCGCAUGAUCACAGCUCUACAAAACUGUUUAAACCAUCUAAUUUGCUGAGGCUCAUGUGCUAGGCUCUUCAGGGGUUACUGUCUUACUGUAUCUAUAAUAUUUGUACGGGAAUAAUAUGAGGCAGUCUAGACAAGGACAAAGUUAUGUAUAUACGCUACAAGUACCAAAAAAACUUAAUUUUAUGAUUUCUAUUGAAGGACA